AUGAAGCAAAAGGUGGUGAUCAGGCUCUCCAGCGGCGACAGCAAGAACAGGACCAAAGCCCUGAAGGUAGCCGUCGGCGCACCAGGUUUUGAAUCAGUGGUUUUGGAAGGUGAAAGCAAGACCCAGAUGGCAGUCACUGGAGGCGGCCUUGAUCCAGUUAACUUGAUGGUUCGUCUGAAGAAAAAGCUUGGGCUUGCCGAGCUGAUUAGCGUCACCCCUAUCAAAGCUGAGGAAGGGAAUACAGAGGAAGGCAUCACGAUGCAGACAAUGGUGUGGCAACCAUAUCACAGCGGGGUGCCACAGUACUAUGUCUACUAG